UGCUGCGGGCCCCUCCUCGCUGCUCCUCAGAUCCCUAGAGCCUCAGGAUUGUGCAUCUCUGAAGCUAUGCUGCUAGACUGUGCUAUGAGUUUACAAGAGCAAAAAAAGAUGAAUAAAUCUCCGGAGUUGGUGUCAUUUGAGGAUGUGGCUGUGUACUUCACUUGGGAGGAGUGGCAGGACCUGAAUGAUGCUCAGAGGACUUUGUACAGGGAUGUGAUGCUGGAGACCUACAGCAACCUGGUAUCACUGAAUGUUCACAUAGAUGAUGACCUAGUGGAGAGGCACCAAGAAAGUCAUGGUAGAGCUAUGCAGCAAAUCAUACUCACCAACAGCAACACAUCAUUUGAGGAGAGAGUUGUGUUAGGAAAAUCAUUUUAUCUGAAUUCAUAUCAUGUUUUAAAUCAGAUUAUAGAUAAUGGAAACCAUUCAGGAAAUGGACAUGAGGAUUUUUACAUAUGUAAGAAUGCACUUCUUACUAGAGAGCAUGAUGAGAUGCCUGCUGGAAAGAAACCUGAUGACCAUCAUACAACUGGAAAAUUACCCAGACAUCAUGAGCAUCUUAUUCAGCAUCCCAAUAUUCAAACUGGGAAGCAGGCUUUAGAAUACAGUGGAAAAGGGAAAUCCUCCAACACAGAGCCAAUAACUUUUACACAUAAAAAUAUUCACAUGGAUGAGACCACCUAUAAACAUAAUGAAUAUGGGAAAUGCUGUGGUAAGUCAGCUGUCAUUGCCCAAGAGAUAAAUCAGGUAGAAAGGGAAACUUUUCAAUCUGGUAUAUGUGGGAAAAUAUUCUAUAAAAAAUCUGAACUUACUAAGCAUCAGAUUGUGCACAGAAGAGAGAUACACAUUUUAUAUCAGAGAACUCACAAAGGUGAGAAACCAUAUGAAUGCAAAGAAUGUGGGAAAGCUUUUAGCAAAAAGUCAUGCCUCUGCAAGCAUGUGAGAACUCACACCGGUGAGAAACCAUAUGAAUGUCAAGAAUGUGGAAAGGCUUUUAGUGAAAAGUCAUGCCUCUGCAGGCAUGAGAGAACUCACACAGGUGAGAAACCAUAUGAAUGUAAGGAAUGUGGGAAAGCUUUUAGUGAAAAGUCAAGCCUCAGCAGGCAUGAGAGAACCCACACAGGUGAGAAACCAUAUGAAUGUCAAGAAUGUGGAAAAGCUUUUAGUGAAAAGUCACACUUCAGAAGACAUCAGAGAACUCACACAGGUGAAAAACCAUAUGAAUGUCAAGAAUGUGGGAAAGCUUUUAGUGAAAAGUCACACUUCAGAAGGCAUCAGAGAACUCACACAGGUGAGAAACCAUAUGAAUGUCAAGAAUGUGGAAAAGCUUUUAGUGACAAGUCUACCCUCAGCAUACAUCAGAGAAGUCACACAGGUGAAAAACCAUAUGAAUGUCAAGAAUGUGGAAAAGCUUUUAGUGACAAGUCAAAGGUCAGCAUUCAUCAGAGAACUCACACAGGUGAGAAACCGUAUGGAUGCAAGAAAUGUGGUAAAGCUUUUAGUGAAAAGUCAAGCCUCUGCAGGCAUGAGAGAACUCACACAGGUGAGAAAGGAUAUGAAUGUCAAGAAUGUGGAAAAACUUUUAGUGACAAGUCAACCCGCAGCUUUCAUCAGAGAAAUCACACAGGUGAGAAACCCUAUGAAUGUAAAGAAUGUGGGAAAGCUUUUAGUGACAAGUUAACCCUCAGCAUUCAUCAGAGAAAUCACACAGAUGAGAAACCAUAUGAAUGUAAAGAAUGUGGGAAAGCUUUUAGUGAAAAGUCUAGCCUCUGCAGACAUGAGAGAACCCACACAGGUGAGAAACCAUAUGAAUGCAAAGAAUGUGGAAAAGCUUUUAGUGAGAAGUCACACUUCAGAAGGCAUCAGAGAAUUCACACAGGUGAGAAACCAUAUGAAUGUAAAGAAUGUGGAAAAGCUUUUAGUGACAAGUCUACCCUCAGCAUUCAUCUGAGAAAUCACACAGGUGAGAAACCAUAUGAAUGUCAAGAAUGUGGGAAAGCUUUUAGUGACAAGUCAAGCCUCUGCAGACAUGAGAGAACUCACACAGGUGAGAAACCAUAUGAAUGUAAAGAAUGUGGAAAAGCUUUUAGCCUAAAGUCAAGCCUCAGCAUUCAUCUGAGAAUUCACACAGGUGAGAAGCCAUAUGAGUGCAAAGAAUGUGGAAAAGCUUUUAGUGUAAAGUCAAGCCUCAGCAUUCAUCAGAGAACUCACACAGGUGAGGAACCAUAUGAAUGUAAAGAAUGUGGGAAAGCUUUUAGUGGAAAGUCAAGUCUCUGCAGGCAUGAGAGAACUCACAGUGACAAACCAUAUGAAUGUAAAGAAUGUGGGAAAGCUCUUAGUGAAAAGUCAACCGUCAGCAUUCAUCAGAGAAUUCACAUAGGUGAGAAGCUGUGUGAAUUUAAAGACUAGAAAAGCUUUUAUUCAAAAGACAUACCUCAGCAGCUAUUAGAGAAUUCCCAUAGGUGAGAAAUCAUGACCAUGUAAGGAAUGUGGAAAAAGUUUACCUAAACUCACCAUAAUAGACAUGAACAAAUUCACACGUGGGAAAAUCCCAUUAAAUGUAAUGGCUGUUUGAGGUUUUGUCAUAAAUCACACAUCAAAUUUCAUCAGAGAACUUACUCCAAGAAGAAGCCCUAUAAAUGCACAACUGUCUGUCCCAUGGUAUUGGAGGUUGGUUCCAGUAGCCCCUGUUGAUGAAAAUACUUGCAAAUGAUCAAGCACUUUCUAUAAAUGGGGUACUGUUUCAAUAUUACCUAUGACUUUUUUCCAUGUCCUUUCCAUUUUGAGUAGAAUAUUUAUAUUUAUAUUACUGAAUACAGAAGGAAUUCCUUAUAAAUAGGUGCUAUACUGUUAUUUUUUACUUGUAUUAUACUUUGGUUUUUUCUUUUGAUUUUUAACAAAUUUUUAAGUUGUUGAAUCAGCAGAUGUGCCACCCUCAGAUAUAGAAGCAGGUCAGUAAUUGUGAAAAUAUCUUUUUUCAGCAGUUAUACAGCUGGGUAUAGUUAAUGUAUUGUUGGUUAGAGCAUGGUGCUGAUAACACCAUGGGUCCCUGUACUGGCCAGCCACUAAAGAAAAAGAAAGAAAAAUAAAGUAAAAAGAACUCACACUGAAGCACUCGUGAGGUAAUUUACAUGGGGGGAAAUUGUGCAUGGAUUACACUGGGUUAUGUAUUUUCUAAAAAGCACUUUUUUUCUCUUGUACACAUGCCUGCAAUCCCAGACAUUAGUUAUUGUGUGUGGAACCAUGUAAUUUAGCUCUGUUCAGGGAAGUAUGGAUACAGGUGAUAAACAUUACUUCCAGACCAGGAAGUAAAAAAAAGUUCAUGCAUUUGUCUGAUUUCUCAUUUUCUCUGGGACU